AACCGCAUUCAUUCCAGUUUUCUGCUGCAUGCCAAGAUGAACAAUUUCAUGUUUCUCUUUUCACUUCAGCCCUGGUUCUUCGUUUUCCUGUCAAUGCUUCUCUACAUGUUUCAUGUAAUUAUUUAUGAAUUCCACCGACCGUCCAAGUGUUCUGGUCCCCCAACGUUCCCUGUAAUCGGAUGUUUGGUUUCUUUUUACAAGAAUCAGCACCGGUUGUUGGAUUGGUACACUGAACUCCUGGCAAAAUCAGCUACCAAAACGAUUGUUGUCAGCCGUUUUGGCGCACGAAGAACCAUUGUCACAGCAAACCCGGAAAACGUUGAGUACAUGCUCAAAACGAACUUCAACAACUUCCCCAAAGGCAAGCCUUUCACUGAGAUUCUUGGGGACUUUCUCGGUUAUGGCAUAUUCAAUGUGGAUGGGGAGCUCUGGCGAGCCCAGCGGAAGUUAGUGAGCCAUGAGUUUAGCGCAAACUCAUUGAAAGAAUUUGUGAUGAAUACACUCAAGGAUGAAGUUGAAAACCGGUUGUUGCCAUUGCUGGAGGGCAUAGCGAAGACAUCUCAAGUGGUAGACCUGCAGCAGCUGCUAAGGAGACUCUCUUUCAAUAUGAUUUGUAAAGUUUCGCUAGGGGUAGACAGAUGUUGCUUGGAUCCUUCUUCGCCUGCUCCACCGCUGGCAAAAGCUUUCGACUUAGCAUCAGAGAUAUCCGCCAGGCGGGCAACUGAACCUUUGUUUCUGGUUUGGAAGAUGAAGAAAUGGCUUGGAAUAGGAUCCGAGAGAAGACUCAGGAAUGCCAUUGAUUCAGUCCGAGAUUACGUUGAAGAGAUUAUUCAUAUCAAGAAGAUGACAAUUCAGGGAAAAGGAAAAUAUUGUUGUCAGGAUCUCCUGACUCGAUUGAUAUUAGGUGGGGAAGAUGAACAAGUGAUAAGAGAUUUGACGAUAAGCCUAAUCUUGGCAGGCAGAGACACAACAUCAGCAGCAAUGACAUGGCUAUUUUGGUUGAUCUCCUGCAAUCCUGAAAUAGAACAGCAGUUGAUUCAAGAGACAAAAUUCACCAAGGGAAAAACACUCGAUUACGAAUCAUUGAAAGAAUUAAAAUUGUUGAAAGCUUGCCUUUGUGAAUCCAUGAGACUGUACCCACCAGUGGCCUGGGACUCAAAGCACGCACUCGUCAACGAUCUAUUGCCCGAUGGAACAUCAGUCCAGGCAGGAGACAGAGUGACUUAUUUUCCAUACGGAAUGGGAAGAAUGGAGGCAUUAUGGGGUAAAGAUUGGUUUGAGUUCAAACCACAGCGGUGGUUCUACAAAAAUGGAAAACCAAAGAAGGUAUGUCCAUACAAAUUUCCAGUUUUUCAGGCUGGUCCAAGGGUUUGUCUCGGAAAGGAGAUGGCUUUCAUUCAAAUGAAAUAUGUAAUAGCUUCUAUAUUGGAGAAGUUUGAAAUUAUACCUGUCAGGUCCGAUCAACCCGUCUUUGUGCCGCUCCUGACGGCUCACAUGGCUGGCGGAUUAAAAGUUUCGGUUCGCUGGAGAGAUCAGUAAUUUUUUUCAUCAAGAGUCAACGAUAUUAAUUUAAAUUGGAUAGGCAGUGGAACAUGCCAAAGCCCUGGUACAUUGCCUCCCAUGCAAUAUAGUUAGGAGGAAAAAAUAUUAUGUACAACAAUCAUAUAUUAUAAUAAA